AUGGAUGCUUUAAAAACCAAUUAUGCAUUUGUAGAAGCAAGCACUAGGGCGCUUAGAACCAAAGGCAAGAAGCCCCUUGCUGCUGAUCUUCUGUUGCCUGGAGUUGCUGUUUAUCUUUCCUGCCCUGCUGAAGCUUCUUUCACUACCUUUCUGAAAUCUGCUGCUAUUGCCAUGCUAAAGUUGCUGCCUCACUGUCUGCUACAACUUUUCUUGGGUUUCAUUUUAACUAUCUACUAUUUCAGUCCAGACAUAAAUGAAUUGGAGCUGAAGCUUUCUGAGCAUUCAAAAAAGCUGUCAAGUCUACAGCUGAUGGUGCAGGAGUUGGCUUCAAAGUAUGAUUAUAGUCCUGAUGAGGAGUAUGCAGAAACAGAGUUAAAGCUGCGAUCUCACUUAGAAUCUUUUCUGGAGACUGUUAGAUCCUUCAAUUUGAUUUAUACAAAGGAAAUUCGGCCUUGGACUAAUAUGAUGGAGGUGCCUCAAUUGCAUGGGUUUGGUCCUGCAGCUAAUCGUUUGUUGGAGGCAUACAACACCCUUCUAAAGGUUUUCCUUGAGCUUUCUUUUUCUGCUUGUCAAAAUGUCUAUUUUUAG